UCAACACUACAGAGACACUGCCACAAAGGGCAAAGAGGCCUAUCAGCAAACAAAGUUUGUGCUUUUAGAGUGUGUGAAGAAGGAAGAGCAUAAUCCAUGGCGGCUACUAGAGCAAUAACCAUAGCGAGCAAUUCCACAUGCACUCUCCUUAGAAAGAAACCCUUUGUGGGUGGCACUGCCCUUUCCCUCAACAACCUCAAAUUUGGUCGGACUAGGAGGUCUUAUACCUGCAGGGCCAUCUACAAUCCCCAGAUUGUCGUCAAGGAAGAAGGCCAGCCCGAAACCCUCGACUAUAGAGUUUUCUUUGUUGACCAAUCUGGCAAGAAGGUUUCUCCCUGGCAUGAUAUUCCAUUGCGAUCGGGUGAUGAUAUCUUCAACUUCAUUGUUGAGAUUCCUAAAGAAUCCAGUGCAAAGAUGGAGGUUGCAACUGAUGAGGCUUUCACUCCCAUAAAACAAGAUACAAAAAAGGGAAAGCUCCGAUAUUAUCCCUACAAUAUACAUUGGAACUAUGGCUUACUUCCACAAACAUGGGAAGAUCCAUCUUUUGCAAACUCUGAAGUUGAAGGAGCACUGGGAGAUAACGAUCCAGUUGAUGUUGUUGAGAUUGGUGAAAGACAGGGGAAAAUAGGUGAGGUUCUGAAGGUCAAACCCUUGGGUGCAUUAGCCAUGAUUGAUGAAGGAGAACUUGAUUGGAAAAUAGUUGCAAUCUCAUUAGAUGAUCCAAGGGCGUCAUUGGUGAAUGAUGUUAAUGACGUUGAGAAGCAUUUUCCUGGAACUCUAACUGCAAUUAGGGACUGGUUCAGAGACUACAAGAUACCUGAUGGAAAGCCUGCUAAUAAAUUUGGGCUCGGCAACCAGGCAGCUAAUAAGGAAUACGCGCUUAAGGUUAUCACAGAGACCAACGAGUCCUGGAAUAAACUUAUUAAGAGAUCAAUUCCUGCAGGAGAGUUGUCUCUUGCGUAGAGAUUUUGGGAGGGUCUGUGUUCAUGCCAUUGCUUGCAUUUUGUACAAUUCUAUUUAUGAAGUAGCAAUCUCUUCUGUUUAGCUUACCGGUUAUAUCUUCGACUCUGUUCAGUUGGUCAGGCGUUAGUUCAAUAAAUCCAUCUUGCUUGUGUAUUCUA